CAACACCCUGCCAAUAUAAGAUACCGCAAUAAGGUAGAGAUGUCGGAAGACCUUCUGUAGUCUGCAGUUUCUGCUCAGUUUCAGCUCAGUUGCGUAUCCAAGGAAGGAAAUCAAACGUUUGUGAACAGAAGAGUUACUCCCUAAAGCCAGUCAAGGCCUGGACGAUUUGGAUCAGUCUCCCAGUUCUACCUUGUGCAGCUCUCCACAGACCUUCACUGAUUCCCAGUCAAAAGGGAAGCUGCAGCAUGAUGAAGGUCUACAGACAAGAUGCUGUGGAGCAAUAAAGAGCUGAGGCUGAGGCUGUGCAGUCCUGCUGCUUUCUGUUGACCCGUUGGAUGAUUUGUAAAGUGGUUCUUUGACGCCUGGUUGGAGAAGUUUAUCAGAGUCUGGGAAGUCUGCUCUGUCUCUCUCCCCAGGUCUGCAAUACUCAUAAAACAGCAGGAAUAAUAAGAGCGUGUUUGUAAGCGCAGUGGAGUGGGGAACAGUGUCUGUGAUUGUGUCUGUAGGGCCCCACAGCCGCCCCGAAACCCAUAUCUCCCCCACACACAGGUUUUUCUGAGUGAGGGUCUUUCUGUAGAGCCUCUGUCAUUCACAGCUAAACCAGGUCAGAUGGGAAUGAUUUUUUUCCUUGCUUUCUCGUAAUUUUUAAAGUUGGCAGUGUGGUUGACUGAAAUCAAAUACCCAUGAAAUAGAGUGAAUGAAGAGGAGAGUGCAUGAUAUGACUCUUUUGGCUGCUUUCGUAUUUAAAGCUGCCUGGAGCGAAAUGUGAAAAUUUGCAACAGAACUACAUUCAUCAAAUCUAGAUUUUUGCAGAAUAAUAUCCAAUUUUAGCAAAAUAUCAUUGCCCACUAAUGUGAGAUUUAAACUCACCAUUAACAUUUGGAUGUAGUAGAAACAUUUCUGUGUGUGUUUUUGGGUGGUGGGGGGGCUGAUGUUAUUUCAGUCAGGCAGCAAGGCAAAUGGGCGGGGUUAAUGGAACCACUAGGGAAAGUGAAAUGCUUUCAAAGGAGGCUUAAACAGUUUGUAGAGUCAGGAAAGAUGGAGGUGUAGUGCUCUUUGAGAAGGUUUUUAUGAUUGCUUAACUGCCAUUCAAGCGCACCAAGGGUCAAUUGCGACAUCUGAUGAGAGGGUAUUUUUCAUCCUGAGCUCCAAUCCACAAUGAUUUCGUGACAAUAUCCUAAAUACUAGCUGGUUUGACUGAUAUAAAGUACCACAGAAACCAUGGCAACGACAGCUCUGACCGGUUUCUCCAUGAUGAGCCUACUCAGCCUCGGGUACCUGACCUGGGAUUUGAUGAGUCCUAACCAGGUGGAAAAUGAGCAAACCUUCGGAGACGGGUCUCCUACCCCAAAGCCUCCUCACAUUAUUUUCAUCAUGACAGACGAUCAGGGGUUCAACGACAUCGGCUAUCACAGCUCUGACAUCAGGACACCGGUGCUUGAUAAACUAGCUGCGGAUGGAGUGAAGCUGGAGAAUUAUUACAUACAGCCUAUCUGCACCCCGUCCCGAAGUCAACUCAUCACCGGCAGGUACCAAAUUCACACUGGCUUGCAGCACUCCAUCAUCCGGCCCCGCCAGCCCAAUUGCCUACCGUUUGACCAGGUCACCCUCCCCCAGAGGCUGCAAGAGCUCGGCUAUUCCACCCACAUGGUCGGCAAGUGGCACCUGGGCUUCUACAAGAAGGAGUGUUUGCCCACUCGCCGCGGCUUCGACACGUAUUUUGGCUCCUUAACGGGCAGUGUCAACUACUACACAUACGACUCCUGUGACGGUCCUGGGCUGUGUGGCUUUGACCUCCAUGAGGGGGAGACAGUUGCCUGGGGCCAGAGGGGCAAAUACUCCACCCAUUUGUACACACAGAGAGUCCGCAAGAUCCUGGCAACCCAUGAUCCUCAGUCUCAUCCGCUCUUCAUUUUCCUCUCCUUUCAAGCUGUUCACACACCCCUGCAGUCUCCACGGGAAUACAUCUACCCUUACCGUGGGCUGGGAAACGUGGCACGCAGGAAGUAUGCUGCUAUGGUCUCAGCUGUAGAUGAGGCAGUUCGAAAUAUAACAUAUGCUCUCCGCAAGUAUGGUUACUACCAGAACAGUGUUAUCAUUUUCUCUACUGACAAUGGUGGCCAGCCUUUGUCUGGUGGCAGUAACUGGCCGCUCAGAGGACGGAAAGGCACCUAUUGGGAAGGUGGUGUCCGUGGUCUGGGGUUUGUCCACAGCCCUCUGCUAAGGAGGAAGAGAAGGGUGAGUAAAGCCUUGGUGCACAUUACUGACUGGUACCCCACACUGGUGGGUCUAGCAGGUGGCAAUGAGUCCCUGACAGAGGGGUUGGACGGGUACAAUGUUUGGGAAGCCAUCAGUGAGGGUAAAGAGUCACCCAGAUUGGAGAUCCUCCACAACAUUGACCCUAUGUAUAACCAUGCACGCAGUGGCUCCCUACAGAAAGGACAUGGGAUUUGGAAUACAGCCAUUCAGGCCUCCAUAAGAGCUGGAGACUGGAAACUCCUGACAGGAGACCCUGGUUAUGGAGACUGGACCCCGCCACAGAUGCUUCCAGGUUUUCCCAGUGGCUGGUGGAACCUAGAGCGCCACACUGAGCCCCGGAAAUCAGUGUGGCUUUUCAACAUCUCCGGAGACCCCUACGAACGUUUUGACCUUUCUGAGCAGAGGCCAGAUGUUGUCAAAGAGCUUUUAGCCAGACUGGUGUACUACAACCGCACUGCGGUGCCAGUAAGGUAUCCAUCAGAGGACCCACGAGCUCACCCCAACCUGAAUGGAGGUGCCUGGGUCCCCUGGGUGGGAGAUGAGGAGGAGGACAGCUGGGACAGUGUUUACCAGAAAAAGAACAAGGAUUGGAAGAUGAAGCUUAAACUGUCCAAAACCAGGUCGUUUUUCAGGAGACUCAACACUAGGAUCAUGUCCAACAGGAUAUAGAAAGGUCAUGACUGAAAAGAUUCAGAGGAGACACUUCUGAAAUACAUCCUUUAUAUCACGGAUGUUUUGAAGAUGUGUUUUUGUUUUCACUGAAGAACCAAGUUAUGCAAGAUCCAUCCGCAGUUAUUGAGUGGUAGAUGGAGGUAUAUAUUCAGUCUUUCUAGAAGAACUGAUUAAACAAGUCCAAUGAAAGUAUUCAACUUGUUUGUAUCCAUUUGAAUAAAAAAAAAAAAUGUUUGUGCCCCCAAAUUGAAAAUUACAGAAAGAAAAAUGUGAGCUAAUUCCAUUUAACAAGAUGAUACAAGUAUAUAAACAAAUGUGUUUUAUUAGCAUAAAAGGAGACUGUCCUCCCAAGAGAGACAGACAGAUAAGAUAGGGUUGCUUUUAUAAAAUCAGAAUUGCUGUAUUUGAAGAGGAUGACAAGGUGACAAGGAGAAAUCCCCUGCAACCAUUUGUAACUAUGAU